CAAAUUACAACCAGAAAGUCAAAAUUACAUUCAAACAACCUGCCAGUUCAUUUGAUCUGAUUUGUUGAACAAGAUGCUAACCAAAGCAGCUGCAGCAGUAGAGGUGAUGGGAGAAGACAUUGCAAACGACGUCGUUCUUACUCAUCUCGAUAAUACUAAUAAACUACCGGUACCAAAAUCUGUUGAUCCGCAAGGUUUUCCAAGCAUUAGAUCUGGAAGCUAUGCGGAUAUCGGUAUUCGAAGAUCAAUGGAAGAUGAACAUAUCAGAAUAGAUGACUUGUCUGCAUAUUUAGGCUCUCUACCAAAUCCGAGCGCCUUUUAUGGAGUUUUUGAUGGUCAUGGAGGACCUGAAGCGGCUGCCUAUGUUAAGGAUAAUGUGAAGCGUUUAUUUCUUCGGAAUCCUCAAAUAUCGCACGCAGAUGAAGUUGAGGAUUAUCUCAGGAAGGCGUUUCGUUCAGCUGAUAUCGCUUUGGCGGAAGAACCUAGCGUCAGCAGCUCCACUGGGACUACGGCAUUGACAGCUCUACUCUUAGGAAGGCUUCUUGUGGUAGCGAAUGCAGGAGACUGUCGAGCCGUUCUUUGCAGAAAAGGCACAGCAAUUAACAUGUCACAAGACCAUAGACCAACUCAUCCUUCAGAACGAAAGCGUGUAGAGGAGCUUGGCGGGUUUGUGGACGAUGGAUAUCUUAACGGUGUUCUUUCUGUAUCCCGGGCUUUAGGCGAUUGGGACAUGAAGCUACCUCGGGGGUCUGCAUCACCAUUAACAUCAGAGCCAGAAAUUCAGCAAAUAAUUCUCACUGAGGAAGACGAGUUCCUGAUAAUUGGGUGUGACGGGAUUUGGGAUGUAAUGUCAAGUCAGCAAGCAGUCAAAAUUGUGAGCCGUGGCUUACGCCGCCAUGGUGACCCUGAACAGUGUGCUAAAGAUCUUGUAAGAGAGGCCCUACGCCUUAGCACAUAUGAUAAUCUCACUGUCAUAGUUGUUUGUUUUACUGCCAAAAAUCAUCAAAGAGAUACAACACCGCGGCCCAAACGAUUUUGUGGCCUUUCUACACAGGCAUUGUACAGUUUCAAGAGUUUGCUCAAUAAAUAAACAUUUUCAAA